AUUCAGGCAGAUGGAAAGCUGCCAACCUGGGCCCUAAACAUUCAACUACUCUGCACUAAGAGUCUUACUUGAAUUCUUUAACCAAUCAAUUACAAGCUGGGCCCUUCAAAUUCACAGUUUUCCCACAGGAGAAAGGGUUAAAGACUUCAUCUUUAUCUUGAAGUAGUGAAAUGGGAGAUCAUGAAACCAAUGGAGAAACUGAAAGCCAACCUUUUCUAUCUGGCUGUUUGCAGCACCUUGAUCCUUUUGUUCUCAACAAAUUCUUUUGGAGCUGACUCCAUAACUCCUGGGCAGUCCAUUAAUGACACCCAGACAAUAGUUUCACCAGGCAGAAAAUUUAAACUAGGCUUUUUUAGUCCUACCAACACAAAUGUUCGAUAUUUAGGAAUAUGGUACCAAAAUAUCCCAGUCCACACUGUUGUCUGGGUAGCGAACAGAAAUAAUCCACUUACUUCUUCUGGAUUCUUGACAUUUGACGAUGAUGGAAAGAUUGUCCUUCUCAACAAAACAGGAAGCAUUAUCUGGUCAUCUAAUUCCUCACAUGUUGCUAGAAGGCCAGUUGCACAGCUACUAGACAAUGGGAACUUUGUUUUGCAGGAUGCAGAGGAUGGCAACACAGAGAACUGCAUAUGGCAGAGUUUUGAUUAUCCAUCUGAUACAUUGUUACCUGGCAUGAAACUUGGUUGGAACAGGAAAACUGACCUGAAUCGACAUCUUACAUCAUGGAAAAGCUCAACUGAUCCGUCUUCAGGAAACUACACGUAUACUUUGGAUCCUCUAGGACUUCCUCAGCUUGUUCUUCGUAAAGGAUCUACUAAGCAGUUUCGCACGGGGCCAUGGUAUGGGACUCAGUUUAGUGCUCUACCAGCUCUAAUGGCAAACCCAGUUUUCCAACCCAGAUUUGUCUCCAAUGAUGAUGAAGUGUACUAUUCCUUCAUCAUCAGAGAUAACAUCAUUUCAAGGUUUGUUUUGAGUCCAUCAGGCUUGGUCCAGCACUUUUCAUGGAAUAAUAGACGCAAGAGUUGGAACCUUAUGUUCACAGUCCAAGGAGACCGUUGUGACAAUUAUGAACUUUGUGGUGCUUAUGGUAUUUGUAACAUCAGCAAUUCCACCACCGUUUGUGAAUGUAUGAAGGGCUUUGAACCUAGAUUGCCCAAUGACUGGGAAAUGCUAGAUUGGUCAGGUGGAUGCGUUCCAAAAAAUCCACAUGUUUGUGGAAAUGAAGGAUUUAUAAAAUUAACUGGAAUAAAACUGCCAGAUGCAUCAGAGUACUGGGUGAGUGUAAGUACGAGUGUCGAAGACUGUAAGGAGAACUGCUUGAGGAACUGCUCUUGCCUGGCUUAUGCGAAGUUGGAUGUCAAUGGUACUGGCAAUGGUUGUGUGACUUGGACUAGGGGUUUGGUUGAUACAAGACAAGUAGCUGAAUAUGGGCAAGAUCUCUACAUAAAAGUGGCAGCUUCAGAAAUAGAGUCAGAUAAUGACAUAGAAGCUAAGCGAAGAAAUAUAGCAAUUACUGUGGCCAUAUCAGUGUCUUCAGCUGUGAUCAUCGUGGCUUUGAUUAGCUGCUUUGUGAUUUGGACAAAGAGAACAAAUAUGGCCAAUCAAUCAGAUAAUAAAGUCACUGUUAAUGAAGAUGAAGGUCAGGAUGAUGAACUUGAGCUCCCAGUAUAUGAAUUUUCCUCUAUCCAAUUUGCCACCAACAACUUCUCUGUUGCAAAUAAGAUUGGAGAAGGGGGGUUUGGGCCUGUUUACAAGGGUGAUUUACAAUCCGGACAAGAAGUAGCUGUGAAGAGACUCGGGGAGAAUUCUGGACAAGGCCUCCGAGAGUUCCAGAAUGAGGUUAUUUUGAUUUCCAAACUUCAACAUCGGAAUCUGGUCAAGCUUCUAGGUUGCUGCAUUCAAGGAGAGGAAAGAAUGUUAAUCUAUGAAUACAUGCCAAACAAAAGUUUGGACUCCUUAAUUUUUGAUGAAGCAACACGUCCUCUGCUCAACUGGCAAAAGAGAUCAGACAUCAUCAUAGGGAUAGCUCGGGGCCUCCUUUAUCUACAUAGAGAUUCAAGAUUGAGAAUAAUCCAUAGGGAUCUCAAAGCUAGUAAUGUUCUAUUAGAUAGUGAGUUGAAUCCCAAAAUUUCAGAUUUUGGGAUGGCAAGAAUGUUUGGUGGAGAUCAGACUGAAGGAAAUACUAAGAGGAUAGUUGGAACUUAUGGUUAUAUGCCUCCAGAGUAUGCAAUAGAUGGACACUUCUCUUUAAAAUCUGACGUCUUCAGCUUUGGUGUUAUAGUAUUGGAGAUAUUGAGUGGUCAGAAAAACCGAGGAUUCUUCCAUCCAGACCACAAACUCAAUCUUCUGGGGCAUACAUGGAAGUUAUGGAGUGAAGGGAGGGCCUUGGAAUCAGUGGAUGAAUUGCUGGAGAACGAGUUUCCUGUUUCUGAAGUGCUGAGAUGCAUACAAGUAGGUCUUCUAUGCGUCCAACAGCGGCCGGAGGAGAGACCAACAAUGGCAUCUGUGCUCCUGAUGUUAGAUUCUGAGAGCACAUUGUUGCCUCAACCUGGUCAACCUGGUUUCUAUGCAGAAAGGUGUCUUUCAGAGACAGAUUCAUCAUCACUUGGACAUUUGAUUUCUAAUGAAAUGACUGUCACAUUGUUAGAGGGCCGCUAGUAUUUGCCUACAAUUAUCUUUUCUUUUUUCUUGUUAAAAUUUGGCAGCUCGAACUAAAAAGCUCCUAGCGAACAACUCCAGCGCCGCUGAAUUAAAGCCCAUUGGUAUUUAUCCUUUUUCUUUUGUUGUAGAAAUUGAGAACUUAUCAAUCUACUUUCUAUUAUCAUGCAAUGCCAUUCUGUAUCA